AUGGGCAAGCGAAAUACAUCGGCUUUUACCCCAAAUUGCCAAGAUAACCGAGCGCCACGGAAAAAUAGGCGUUCGAAACAUCCACGUCUCAGGCGAAAUACCAGGAUACGUCCGGCCAGAGCUCAACCUGCUUCACCAACACUACAAGGUUUGGAAGCUCUUCUUCCAUCCAACCUGGUCCUAGAAGAGCAAGCCAAGCAGAACAACCAUGAGGAGCGUGAGCAGACAUAUCGGCUGGAAGCAAGAUCGGCUGGAAAACUGUCCCUUGCUGUUGCAUCUUCUGGCAUUGCUGCCACUCUCUUAAGUGGAGGUAGAACAGCUCACUCCACUUUUAAACUUCCAUUAUGUGUUUUUUCCGGAGAAGAUUACACGUGCCCGAUACGCAAAAAUGGCCCACUUGCAAAAAUUCUUCAAGAUACAACAUUUAUUGUAUGGGAUGAGUGCACAAUGAGUCACAGAGCUCACAUUGAAGCAAUUAAUAGAACAUUGCAAGAUUUAAGAUCAAACCAGAAUUUAAUGGGUGGCAUUACAUUUGUUUUUGCUGGUGAUUUUAGGCAGACGUUACCAGUAAUUCCGAGAGGAACUAGAGCUGAUAUUAUUCAUGCCUGUUCAAAAUCAUCAUUUCUCUGGCAUUAUGUAGAGUCUCUUCAUUUAAGUACUAAUAUGAGAGCACAUCUCUGUGGAAGAAACACGGAAUUUCCAACACAGCUAUUAAAAAUUGGCGAUGGCACGAUAGAAAAUGAAAACGGUUUUAUCACCUUAGAUCAAUCCAUUGGAAAACUGGUUACAACUGUCGAUAAUCUUAUUUCUGAAGUUUACCCAGACAUUGAAAAUUUAUCAAACAAAUCAUACCAAUGGUUAUCUGAUUCUCGAGAGUCCCUCUCCAUUGAUUCAGUCAUCGCAUCUGAAGAUGUUGUUAAUUAUCCUCAGGAGUUUUUAAACUCCCUAACUCCAUCAGGAUUACCACCCCAUAAGUUGAGUUUGAAAGUUGGAGCUCCGAUUAUGCUACUACGUAAUCUUCAACCCCCAAACCUGUGUAAUGAAACCAGACUGCAAAUUAAAACUCUACGAAAUAAUGUUAUAGAAGCUACUAUUUUGACAGGUCCAGCAUCAGGACAAAUAGCUUUUAUUCCAAGUAUUCGGAUGAUACCAACUGAUUUACCUUUUCAGUUCAAGCGAUUACAGUUUCCUGUCAAACUUUCUUUUGCGAUGACAAUUAACAAGUCGCAAGGACAAACUUAUAACUUUGUGGGGGUAGAUUUACGUUCGAACUGCUUUUCACAUGGACAAUUGUAUGUCGGGCUUUCAAGAACUGGUGAUCCACAUCAUCAGAUUGUUUUAAUUCCUUCUGGAAAUAAAACUGAAAAUGUCACCUUUAACAAGUAA